ACCCGACUGUCGCGACCGCCUCGUCCUAGUCUCUGUUCACACCAUGGCCGCCGACGAAACGACGCGCAGUUUACGUUCCGCUACCUCUGGUUUCGAUGCUCUUUUCUCCAACGACCUGGACAAGGCGCGAGAAACAUUCAAAGCGGCCGACUCUCCUUUUCAUGCACUCGGGGCCGGGGUGUGCGCAUUCCUAGAGGCGGCUCUUGGCAUGGAAUCGAAUCUUUUGGCGGAAGCUACCAGAUUGCUUUCCGACUCAGAUGCCGGCGCGAGGAAGCAGCUCUCUGCUGCCAAGUCCUCCAAGUCUUCAACUCGCUUCCCCGCUGGUACAGAGUGGGAGUUGCUCAUCUCUGAUGCUGUCAUUCUGCAUGCCGUGACGCUCGCGUUGAGUGAAUCGUACAUGGGAUAUCUCCAGUGUUUCUACGAAUUGAACAAAGCCCAUUCGAAAUUUACAAAACUGUACAAGACUGUAUUUCCAAGCGGUCUCGACAAUUACGCGACCCCUGCCACUUCCAAGGCGCCCUCGCCCUCUCCAAGCAUACACUCCGAGUCGUCGACCACACGCACUACGCCGACGAAGCAGCGAACAGGUUUCUUCGGGCGAUUCGGCGUCUCGACUCUGAGCCCUCAUCAGCCUGCUAACCCCGUCAGCUCCACACCAGACGGCCCCGUAGAGGAGCUGAUCAUGUCCGGAACGGCGUUUGGCUACGGACUAUUCAAUCUUGUAUUCUCGCUGCUUCCGGCGACAAUCAGAGGUGUCGUGGGCUUCCUUGGCUUCAAGCAUGACAGAAAGCUCGCCUUGCGUGCUCUCGCGGUGUCUGCAAACCAGACGGAUGUGCACGCAGUCUUUGCUGGGCUGGUCCUUAUGACAUAUUACGGCGUUGUCUUACUCUUUACCGGCUACCAAGCAGACGAGCAGCAUAUACUCAGGCAGUACGGGGCCAUGGUCGACCACGUUGAGGCGCGAUAUCCUACCGGCUCUCUGUGGAUCCUUAAUAGGGCAAAGCUUUUGCGCAUGUCGUACGACACGACCGGAGCGAUCAAGGUGCUUCAGGAAGGUCUUAAGAUGCCUCGCCCCGAGAGCUUCAAUCAGGCCGACGGUCUACUGCUUUUUGAGCUAGCAUGGUGCUUGCUUUCACAACGUCGCUAUGAUGAGGCGGCAGAUAUGUUCCUCAAAGUCACGGAGAUCAACAGCUGGAGUCACGCCACAUACUUCUUUAUCGCAGCCGGUUGUUACGUUUCCUUGAAGAACUACGAGAAGGCGCAGAAGCUCUUCGACGACGUCCCUGAGCUGCUCGAGAAGAAGAAGAUUGGUGGGAAAGAUUUGCCGACUGAGGUUUGGAUCAAGAAGAAACUGGCCUUCUACAAGGAUAAGCAGAAGCGACUUACAGGCUCCGAGACAGACUGGGUCAAAUGCAUGAAGAUAAGCCCUGCUGAAGAGCUUGGUAUCUUCUGGAACAACUAUGAGCGCAUCAUAACGGAUGUCUGCGAGGAGCAUGCCAGAGAAUUGACGACCCUGACACCGUAUCCGACCAUCAGUAGCCCGUUUGUCGUGGCCGACACCACCCCGAAACUUGCCUCUAAUCCUCCCGAUCUCAGCACUGCCGAUGAACUCGCGAUUCGUUCGUUGAUCCUCGGUAUCGUUCAUCGCAGGGCCGGCCAUUAUACUGCGUCUCGAGAAUUUUUCCUUGACGCUCUCAGCUUGCAGAAGUCUAUCAAAGUCAGUACCUGGAUUCCCGGGGUGACCUCCUUCGAGAUCGUAGUGCUGGACCUCAAGGAAGCGGAGGCUACCCUCGGUGCCGGCAGCAACGGCUCAGAUAAGGUAUUGCUCAGCGAGCAGGAUAGGCAGGCGUGGCUUCAAGUGCUGAAGAAGGCUGGCGAGCGGCUAGACCAAGCGUUGGCGCUCUCCCCUCAGAGUAUCGACAUGUCUUCGCGCCUUGAGUCGAGGAUUACCAUGCUGCGAGACGAGAUCGUGACAAAGCGUGAGAUGGUAGAAAAUGCAUAACAUACUAGACGCGAGACAUCAUGAACCACUGUAUCAUAAUGCUUAAUACUACAUGACCGGUAGACUAUCGUACAUAAAUUUUAGCACCAUGGCUUAUAGACAUGACAUUACUUUGCGGAGAAU